CCAAUUCCACCUGAAGAAGAAAAGGAAAUAUCAUCACUUUUAGAGAGCAUUAAAAUUGAUGAUGAUAAAAUGACCGAUUUGACGGAAGAACAAAAGGAAACAUUAAAGAAGUUGAAACUUUAUCAGAAAGAGUACUACGAUUACGAAUCAAAAUUUGAAUAUGAGUUAUUUUUACUGAGACAGAAAUAUCAUGAUUUAUAUGGUCCUAUUUAUGACAAGAGAAGAGAAGCUUUAGUAGGUAAUGGUGAAGCAAAGAUUGGUACACCUAAUUUGCCAGAGUUUUGGUUAAGAGCAUUAAGAAAUAAUAACACUGUGAGUCAUGUUAUUGAAGAUCAUGAUGAAGAGAUAUUAGUAUAUUUGAAUGAUAUAAGAUGUGAUUAUAUAAAAAAGAAUAAAGAAAAGAAGGAAGGUUUUAUUUUAUCAUUUUAUUUUGCAACAAAUCCUUUUUUUAGUAAUUCGGUAUUAACAAAAACAUAUCAUAUGAAAUGUGUCGAUUGUGAUAACGAGCCAGUGUUAUUACAUACAGAAGCCACAGUAAUUGAUUGGUAUGACAACAAAAACAUAUUAAAGAAAAAUGUGGUGAAAAAGCAACAUAAUAAAAAUUCGAGAGAAGUGAAAACAGUUCAACAAACAGUAAAUAGAGAUAGUUUCUUUCACUUUUUCACUAGUCAUAAGGUACCUAAUUCUAAUGUUAUUAAACAAUUAAGUAAACAUGAAGUUGCUCAAUUAGAAAUGAUAAUAGAAGGAGAUUAUGAAGUCGCCUUAACAAUUAAGGAAAGAAUUAUUCCUUAUGCAGUUGAUUAUUAUCUUGGUAUUAUUAUUGAGAGUGAGAGCAAUAGUAUUGUUAGUGAUGUCGAUAGUAGUUAUAGUAGUAGCGAAAAUAAUAGUAACUAUAAUAGUUAUGAAAGUAAUAAUAGUGCAUACAAUGAUGAAAAUAGUAAUGUAGAUACAAAUGAAUAUGAUGAUAAUGAGGAAGAAGAAGAAGGAGCAAAGAGUAACGAGGAUCCUCUUACUUCUUAA